UAGAAGGAAUCUAGGAAGGAACCUGCAUUUGAGAGGAAACUGAAAGUGAAAUUGAGACAGCAGGCUUACAAGGGCGAAGCUUGGAGCGCUUAGACAAAGCUGAGGACCCUGGUAAGAUUCCACAGUGGAUGCCACCCCUCCACAACCUCAAAAAUGUCUCUGGAAAAGAUGUGGGAGGAGGUCACCUGUUGUAUCUGCCUGGAUCCCAUGGUGGAGCCUAUGAGUAUCGACUGUGGCCAUUGCUUUUGCAAGGAAUGCAUUUCUGAGGUUGGGAAAAAUGGGGGCAGUUCGUGUCCCGAGUGCCGGCAACACUUUCUGCUCAGAAACCUCAGGCCCAAUCGGCAUGUAGCCAACAUGGUAGAAAACCUUAAACAAGUAGCCCAGAAUACCAAGAAGGGCACCCAGAAAAUGUGCUGCACGAAGCAUGGAGAGACACUUCACAUGUUCUGUGAGGAAGACGGGCAGGCCCUUUGCUGGGUGUGUGCCCAGUCUGGGAAACACCGGGACCACACCAAGGUCCCUAUUGAAGAAGCUGCUAAGGUAUACCAGGAGAAGAUCCAUGAGGCUUUAGAAAAACUGAGAAAAGGGAAAGAGUUGGCCGAGACGUUGGAAAUGGAUCUUGCAAUGCAGAGAACAGACUGGAAGAGGAACGUUGACACAAAGAAGUCGAGGAUUCACGCAGAGUUCGUACAUCAGAAUAGCUUGCUGGCUCAGGAGGAGCAGAGGCAGCUGCAGAAGCUGGAGAAGGAAGAAAGGGAGCACCUGAGACUCCUGGCGGAGAAGGAGGCUGAGCUGGCUGAGAAGAACCAGGCCCUGCAGGAGCUGAUCUCAGAGCUGGAGAGGAGGAGCCGUGGUUCUGAGCUGGAGCUGCUGCAGGAGGUGAGGAUCAUCCUGGAGAGGAGUGUGUCCUGGAAUCUGGACACGUUAGAAGUUGACUCCCCAGACCUGACCAGCACAUGCCAUGUGCCAGGGCGGAAGAAGAUGCUGAGGACGUGUUGGGUCCACAUUACUCUGGAUCGCAACACUGCCAACUCAUGGCUCAUCAUCUCAAAGGAUCGGAGACAAGUGAGGAUGGGAGAUACCCAUCAGAACGUGCCUGAAAAUGAGGAGAGGUUUAAUAAUUACCCCAUGGUGCUAGGUGCCCAGAGAUUCACCUCUGGCAAGAUGUACUGGGAGGUAGAUGUGACCCAAAAGGAGGCCUGGGAUCUGGGGGUUUGCAGAGAUUCUGUGCAGAGGAAAGGGUCGUUUUCACUCAGUCCUGAGAAUGGCUUCUGGGCCAUCUGGCUAUGGCAGAAAGACAGCUAUGAGGCUGGCACCAGUCCACAGACCACCCUCCACAUUCAGGUCCCUCCAUGCCAAAUUGGAAUCUUUGUGGACUAUGAGGCUGGCAUUGUCUCCUUCUACAACAUAACUGACCACGGCUCUCUCAUCUACACCUUCUGGAACUGUGCUUUUGCUGGACCUCUGCGACCUUUCUUCAGUGUUGGUUUCAAUGAUGAUGGAGGAAAUGCAGCACCUCUAAAGCUCUGUCCACUAAAGAUAUGAUGGCCAGGAGCCAGUGCCUACUGACAGCUCUUCGCAGACACUUACCUCCUCCAUGUCCUGAUCAAGAUCCAAUGACUGCUGAGGACCAUUUCUGGAUACAUAUGCUCACUUCUUCUUGGUGUUCCUCAGCUGUGCACUUUCUCGUUUUCACCCAUCUGGUUGGAACUACCCUAAACCCUCAUCUCUUUAAAAGAGUCAGAGUCCCAGAAUGAAGGUGUCAGCUGGGCAACUAAAAGUCAGUGUCAACUGAUCUUCAACAUCAGUAGACCUGACAAUGAUUCCUCAAUGAAACAGACUCCCGGCAUUGGACCCAAACUCAUCUAGCUCAGGCAGAAGCACAUUUCUGCCUCCUUUGUGUGACUUCCUUUGUUUUCUCUGUCCUUAGGCCAGAUACCUGUCUAUUCCUGUAUCUUCUGUGGCUUGCAGAAGGACCUCCUAGAAACCGUGUUUGGUCUAUCCUAUUCAGUUAUUAUUGGUAAAGCUCAGAAUAUUUGUCUUAACAUUGUACAUCUUUUGGUUUGUUGGUGUUACUGGGGGGCUUUUUGGGUUUUAUUAAUGCUUGUUUGUUUUCACUCCUUGGAAUGCUCUGUGUUGUUCUUCUGUAGACCCAGGUCAAGAAUAUCUUCCAGGGUAACAAACAAAAGCCAGGAUGAAGUAGUGAGUGUGGUUCAUACAAGAGCUGAAUGUAACACCAACAGUACGCUCGAUAUCCCCAGUGAAAAGCCCAGGGGCCAUGCUGCUCUGGUCAGUGAGCCCCUGCCGUUGCUCCUCACAAAGAUGGAAUGGCUGUGCUCAGACACUGCCAUUCUGUAAUGCUCAGACACUGCUGGCAGUCUGUAAAUAUGCUGUUUCCUGGUUCCAUUGCCUUGAAGAAAGUGAAAUUAGUAGCUGAACUAGUACAUAAAUAUUUUGAGAGCUUCAAAAAACUUUCAGCAGAGUUAGGAGAAAGUAUGGAUAGGUGGACAAUAAUGAACACCCAGAUAGUUUCCACAAAGACAACAUCAUAGAGCUAAAAAUACAUUAGCAAAGUCAAUUAAUGGCUCCACUAGUAGGCUGAACGAGGCUCAAGUAUGUCCAGUAAGAAACCUUAACUUUGAAAAUGAUCUUUCUUCUUCAUAUUGUGUCUUAGAGUUGACACUGUAAAUAAUAAUUUGUAUCUUUUGAUUUUCAUCCUGAUAGAAGGAAACUAUUAUAAUGAUACAACUUUCAGUUCUUCACAAUCUGAGCACAUUGUGCUCAAGGAGUUACCUUGAUCUCCAAGUACCGAUUUCAAUUCUGAUUAAUGCUGUCUUUUAAUGUCAAAUAAAGCCUGUUAAUUUUCCUGAGUUUCUUUCAUUCUACCACCACCUUCCAAAUUAACAGACACAAAGUAUUACAGAAGUGUUAUCUGUGCUGGCUCAGGCCAGACAGAAUCGCAGUGUGAAGAGAGAUGGGCACAGAGUCCCUCCCCAGCAAAGCAGCUUUUGGCACUUGCCGUGAGGAGAGUGUGGGCCCUGGUGGGUAAACCUCCCCCAUUGAAAGCCUGGUCUCCAGGCGUGGAUGGACAGCAUAAAAAGUGCUUGGUGGGUUACUUCUAAAGAGGAGGAGGAGGAAUGAUACAAAGUAGUGUAGGAAAGGGCAUGCAUGUGGUACCUGUGAGGAGAUAGGCAAAUAGGAUCAAAGUACAUUGAAAUUCUCAAUUUUAAAAUGAGAUUAGGAAAGAAACAUUGCAUCAAAUUUUGAGAGACACUUUCUUUAAAAAAGAUUUUUAAGAUAGAACUAUAAUGUGUUUUGCAUUAUAUGUAACAUAUUUCCUGUUCAUGGGUCAGUCAUGCUGUAGCUAAUGAUAAACAUGCAGUGAGAGCACAAUCCAGACACAUGAAGAUUGUGGCAAGCCUCCAUAUUUGACCCAUACUUAUGUUUUGACAAUAAACAUUUAUUAAGCUGUAA